UUUGUAUUAUUUCGUAUCCUUUCCAAUGAUGCACAAAUUAAAUAUUCCCCUGUUUGAGGGUCUCUACUAAUGAAUCGUCAUGUGUGUAGCUGUUGGAUGGCUUAUUUAGGGAAUGUCGCCAUGUUGGAGAAAAAAUGGUUUCCAAAGGUCUAAUAACACCUAAAGACAUUAAAGAAGCUAAGUCUAGUAAAGGGAGUCGAGUUAUAAGUAUCGGUUUACCUGCAUGCAUAUUGCCUUCUCCAGGGGGUUGUUGCGCCCUGCAAAAGCUAAUGCCACCGGUAUAUUGAUAAAUGAUAAUACCGAACUGACUACCACAAACAGACCAAGGGAGAAAUUUUUGGAAUGGUUUCUUAAUCUUCUUUUGAUAAUUAAAGAACAAUUCAGAGCGGAACAACUUUCUCCCCCAGAAGAGGAUUACCUAUGCAAACUAGUACUUCUGAGUGGGGAUUCAGAGAGGUUGAAAAAUUCCAGUACUGCGCCAGCCCCUGUAUCUGAGGUCAAACGUGCCGAGCUUGAUGCAUUGGCUAGAAGGGAUCACCAAAUCUAUGACAAGGUUUCCAACCUACAAGCGCCGCUUCGAUGAUCUUGUAAAAUAAUUGUCGGAUGACUUUGCUGAGAAGCAUGGAGUGAAAACAAUGACCAGAUCAAAGAGCGGAUUUGCUCGGAUGGUUAGCUUCAAAUCCUUAAAGGGACCAAGAAAUAAUGGUUCCAAUCAAGGUUCGGAAGAUGUAAAAGAUGUAGAAUCAAAAGGCCCUUGAUUGAGAAUUCCAAGCUAUUAUCAUUAACCCAAAGAAACAAAUUAGGUUAUUGCUCACUUUAGUCCCUGUAGGUACAUGAUUGUAUUAUUUUGGUUCCUGUAGGAUUUAACGAGUCAAGAUAGUUCUGUUGGAUAGCAAACAUGAGUGAAGUUAGUUCCAUUAAAGGACUAAUUUAAAUCAUGUUUGUUCCACAAUUACUAUUUUGAUUCAUUAAAAUCUAUAGAAACCAAAUGAUUCACACGUGUAUUUGUAGAGACCAAAGUGAACACAAACUCAAAGAAACAAAAUAUCAUGCCGCAGGUGUACAGUAGUCUUCAACUCCAUGUUGGAUAGAAGACUGAAGUGUAAUUGAUACACUUGUUCAUGUUACUGAAACGUAUUUCAGCAUGAGUGGUGAUGCUUUCAUAUUGAAAAAAUGAAAAGUAUAGGAAUGUACCAAUUGAUUGAUCAUGUAUUCAUGUUUUUUUAGACCAUAUGGCUGUGAUCCAAAAGUCAAUGUAUAACAGUUUUGUAGCAUAUAUUGUCGCUAGUAGGAUAAUGCAAACUGAAUCACACGAGUUCCUUUAGCAGCGUAAUCAUUUUUCAUUAUGUCUGCCUAUGAACUGCUUGCGGUGAAAGCUAAGGGAGCGUUCUAUAAUAGCU